UUUAGCUUGAUGAUGUUAAAAGAUUGGCUUUGCGUAAUUGCAGACAAACGCGUCCUCUAUUAACUACUGAUUGUUGAAUCAUGUAUAGUAUCAUAUUAGUGUUUUGAAUAUUGUGUGCCAUCCAUACAAGCCCGUACACCUAUUUGUAGCCUGUAUACAGUGAACUGAAAAGUAUACUCUCACAAAGGCAAUUAUGGAAAAUGGUUUACCAACUCCACAUUCAGAUUUACCCAUUUCGGAAGCAACAGUACAUAAAGCUCAAAAUGAUCAUACCUUGGACGAGGCACUCCAGUUGACGGGCUUUGGAAAGGUGCAGCUCAUCCUGUCGGUACUUUCUGGUGUCAGCAUGAUGACGGUAGUGAAUGAGGCAGUCGGUAUCAGCAUCAUUCUACCCGUAGCACAGUGCGAUUUAAGCUUAAGUCCUUGGGAGAAGGGUAUCCUUGGCGGUUCCAUGCUGUUGGGAAUAAUGGUUUCGUCCUACUUCUGGGGCUAUCUGGCUGAUACGAGAGGACGCCAACGGAUCUUGAAGUACGCACUGUUCGGGACUUCGUUCUUCGGUGCAAUGUCCUGUCUGGCGACUGGGUUCGUGUCGCUAUUUUUCCUUCGUUUACUUACGGGUGUCUGUGUUGCUGCACCGGCCUCUACGGUGUACGCUUAUCUGGGCGAGUUCACAACCCCGAGCAGACGGAGUCAGAUGCUGUCGUUCGCUUCCGUUUGGGGAGGUGUCGGAAUCGUUUACGUAUCAUCGAUCGGUUGGUGGAUACUCUCGUACGACUGGGUGUUGACUAUCUCCGACUCGUUUGAGUUUAAGCCAUGGCGUUUGCUGUUUAUCAUCAACACGAUGCCCGGCUUCCUGAAUGGCAUCGCAUUUUGCUUCUGUCCCGAAAGUCCCAAAUUUCUUGUCUCACAAGGCCGAAAUGAGGAAGCACUCGAAAUACUGAAGAAGGUCUAUAAGCUCAACAAGGGCACUGACAGCACCGAUGGCUAUGAGGUGACGUCACUGCGACUUGAUUCGGAAGAUGCGAUCGCCCGAGAGCAGAGUGAAAACGGUUCUGGAGCACUGCUGAAAUCGAUGGUCCAGCAGACCCUACCGAUUGUGAAGCUGCCCUACCUGGUGUACUUCAUUAUCUGCUGCGUACACAACAUUGGAGCGUUUACAAUGUAA